UUGUAUGCAUGUAAUAAAUUAAAAGACGAAAAUGAAAUUGCUAUUAUAAACGAAUAUGGAUGUAGUGGCAAACGUUAUACAAUGACACUUACAGUAAUUGCCAUUAUCAGCAUAAAAGCUUUUAUCAUUGUGUCAUUUUGGUCGAAUAUUUUGAACAUUAUUUCAUCGACAAAUACAUCAAGAUCACAUCACUUGUUGAUUAUGACAGAAUAUUUUAUCGAUCAAAAAAAAUAUUUUUAUUUUAUUCUGUUGCAUAAUAUUGCAUCAUUUUGCAUCGGGCUAAUUGCAAUGUUAGCGACAGGAACAAUGCUUAUUAUGUAUUUUAAGCACACUAGUGGAAUGUUUAAAAUUGCAAGUUACCGUAUCGAACGUGCAAUGAACAUUGAUAUGUUACAAAAUAUUAAUCAAAAAGACAUUUUGAUAUUCAAGGGUUUAAUUUGUGCUGUGGAUAUUCACCGACAGGCUAUGAGAUUGUCCAAAUACUUUUUAACCAAGAUUGAAGCAAUGAUGUUUUGUUUAAUAAUAGCUGGAGUAGCCUCGGUGAGCCUUAAUUUGUUUCGAGUUGCAUCAUCUACAGAAAAUGUGAAGGAAUUGAUAAUUCCUUUUCUAUCUGCAAGUGUCUCUGUCUUGUAUAUGUUUCUAGCCAACUAUGUCGGACAAACUAUAACGAAUCAUAAUCAACAAGUAUUUGUUACAGCAUAUAAUGUUCGAUGGUACGUAGCUCCCUUGUAUAUACAAAGAAUGAUUUUAUUUUUGUUACAAAGAAAUUCUCGAAACUUUACUUUGAAUAUCGGUGGACUGUUUGACGCGUCUAUAGAGUGCUUCGCUACGCUAGUGAAGACCUCAGUAUCUUAUUUUACAGUUAUAUAUUCUACACGAUAAAAAGACUGUAAUAGUUUGAAUUAUAUAAAAGCACGAUAAGAAAGAAUAUAGUUAGAAUAAAGU